GGCAACAAUACCGCCAAUUAUUUUUAAUAAUGGCCGCUUAUGUUGGUGGGUGCUCGCAAGGCGACGACCACCGCUAAUAUUAUUUGAACUAUUCAACUUAAUAUCGUGUUCACGUUUAUUUAAUCAACAUGGGGCUCCGAACAAUAUUAAAGAAGCUCAAAGCAAAGGAGAGGGAAGUACGAAUUCUCAUACUAGGACUCGACAAUGCGGGAAAAACGACUUUAUUAAAGAAAUUUAAUGGGGAAGAUAUCACGACCAUAUCACCGACGCUCGGAUUUAAUAUCAAGACCCUGGAACACCGCGGAUUUAAAAUGAACAUGUGGGACGUCGGUGGACAGAAAUCCCUCCGCGCUUACUGGAGGAACUACUUCGAGAGCACGGAAGCCAUUAUUUGGGUCGUCGACAGUUCGGACCGCAGGCGUCUGCAGGAUUGUCGAGACGAGCUGCGUUCCGUCAUCUGCGAAGAGAAACUGCUCGGCACAACUCUGCUGGUGUACGCCAACAAGCAGGACCUGCCGGGUGCCUUGUCGCCAGAAGAAAUCAAACAGGCAUUAGAGCUGGAAGACAUUAACCACCUGCACUGGCACAUCGUUCCCUGCAGUGCAUAUCUGGGCAGCAACCUUGUGCAAGGGAUCGACUGGAUGCUCAACGAUGUCUCCACCAGGUUAUAUACGCUGGACUGAACUCCUAGAAUCGCAGCUUUGUCCCACGAUUGUUCUAAUGGCCCAUAAACGUCGACUGGGACCUUGCUUUCAGCUUUGCCUAAUUAAAAAUAAUAAAUGUGGAUGCCUACUGGUAUAUACAAACAUCCAAAAGAGGGAUCUGUGCUGUUUUGUAACAGACCGUAAAUGUUUAUUUCAGUCAAAUGCUCUCAGUGUUCUUAGUGUGUCUUAGUCUCCCACUACAUAAUGUAACUUUUUUUUGUUGCUGGCAAAGUUUCUGUUGUCGGUUUCAGUAGUGUUCAAGGUGAUGCAUGUUGUCAUAAUUUUCGCUGUUUUAGUACAUCCGCUACAAUAUAUGAUAACAGUUCGUGGCAGCUACCGUUAAAUACUGAACAUCGAUAACAUAAUUUCUAGGAAAUUGUGUAACGUGGAAUUUGUAGGGGGGGAAAUUGUAAGUGCAAGAGACGACAAAAGUACCUCUUAUAAAGAAUUAUUGAAGCUCAAUUUUACCUGCCAUCUUCUUAAAAGGCACAUGAGAGGCUAUCGGGAUUCCUUCAUUGUUUGCAAGUUCAUGGAAACCUAUCUGAAGAGUUGACUAUAGUUUGGGGUCGUAUUUUCCCUGUAAUCACGGGCAUAGCGGGGCCGAAAGUGCGCGAGAUAGGUGCAUUACAAAAGGAAUAUUAGAACCAUAUGGAUCUUGAUAGAAAACAACGAAAUUGCACACCGGCUUGACGCAACAAAUAACAAUUUUAAUGCAGACGUUUCGUCUCCCAUGCGGGGGACAUCAUCAGUGAAAGCAAAAUGAGAGGCGACCGCAACCAGCAGAUUACUUAACCAGGUUGUUAUUAACCAAUUGUUAUUUGUUGCGUCAAGCCGGUGUGCAAUUUCGUUGUUUUCUAUCAUGACUUCUCCUGGCUUCUGGAAUAUUUUUGCAUAUGGAUCUUGCACGCAGAAGGACUCAAAAUAUGUUGGACAGUUUCCAUUUGUGAGAAUAGAUGGAUGCAACGCUGAUUCUGUCCAAUGGCCGUACCUGAUUACCGUUUCCAUAUCGUAAGCAGGAACACGACCCCCCUACUUUUCGACACCGGCCAUUUAUAUAAUUAAAAGAAAUGUGCUCGUGUUGACUGUUAUUUACUGACACGUGAUAUUCACAACAUGUAAUAAAAGUAUGUCAGACGUCUGA